AGCCAGAGGAGGGAGAGGGAGAGGAGGGAGAGAGAGAGGGAGAGAGGCUGGGAAACAGAGAGACAGAGGAGGGAGGGAGGAGCAGAGAAGGCAGAGGAGCAACGCAGCAGAUUCAUCAUCGCAGGCGGCCAUGCUGUGAGCAGGCGAACCGCGGAGAGAGAACCGGACCGAGAGCAGCCCAGAACCAGGCCGGAGAACCGGGACAGAACCGGGACAGAACCCCGGGCACAGAACCAGGCUGAACCCAGGCCAGAAGCAGGCCCGCCCGCCCCCCGCCACGGACCCUCACAGGCGGUGGGAGGAACCGCAGCGCCACCUCCACCCCGCUCGCAGCAUGCGGACCUCCCGGAAGGGCCCGGGCCCCGUGGAGAUGCCCGCCUUCGUCCGGCAGCUGGUGAAGGAGACGGAGAGGAGGGUCAGCUCCCUGUUCAAGGGAGGGGGAGGACGAGGAGGGGGUGGAGGGGGAGGAGGAGGAGGUGGGGGCGGCGGCGGCGGCGCGGGAGGAGAGCCGGGGGGGGAGGGAGGAGGGGGAGGGGAUCCCGUGGAGGUGGGGCCCAGCCCCUACCUGGACCGGCCGGUACUGGACAAGCUGGUGGAGGAGGGCUGCUCGCGCUGGGGCCUGACGUACGCCCUGGGCUCCAUGCAGGGCUGGAGGUCCACCAUGGAGGACUUCCACAACUGUGUUCCCCAGCUGGGCGGGGAGCUGGCCGACUGGAGCUUCUUCGCCGUGUUCGACGGGCACGCGGGCAGCAGCGUGGCGCGCUACUGCUCCCAGCACCUCCUCAGCCAGAUGCUGGCCACAGGACAGAUGGGGGGCGAGGACGACCCCGAGCGCGUGCGGGCGGGCAUCGUGGGGGGCUUCCUGCAGACGGACCGCCAGCUGCAGGGCGUGGCGCGGCGGGAGGGCUGGGAGCGCGGCGGCACCACCGUGGUGGCCGCGCUCAUCUCCCCCUGCUACGUCUACUUCGCCAACUGCGGGGACUCGCGGGCCGUGCUGUCGCGCUCCGGCCAGGUGUGCUUCUCCACCGAGGACCACAAGCCCUACAGCCCGCUGGAGCGCGAGCGCAUCGAGAACGCCGGGGGCUGCGUCUCCAUCCAGCGCGUCAACGGCUCGCUGGCCGUGUCCCGCGCCCUGGGCGACUUCGGCUACAAGGGCGCCGAGAACCGGCCCCCCGAGGAGCAGAUGGUGUCCCCGGAGCCCGAGGUGUGCGUGGUGGAGCGCUCGCCGGGCGACGAGUUCCUGGUGCUGGCGUGCGACGGCGUGUGGGACACGCUGACCAACGAGGAGCUGUGCGCCUUCGUGCACAGCCGGCUGCGCGUGUGCACGGACCUCCGGGACGUGUGCGCGCAGGUCAUCGACCUCUGCCUCUACAAGGGCAGCUUGGACAACAUCAGCAUCAUCUUGCUGUGUUUCCCCGGAGCUCCGCAGCUCUCCGCGGAGGCCCUGCAUCAAGAGGCCGAGCUAGACGACCUGCUGGAAGCUAAAGUCGCAGAGAUCUACGAGGACCUGUGCGUCGGCGGGGAGGAGCCCGACCUGCUGGCCGUGCUCACGGUGCUCGCCUCCAUCCACAUCCCCGGCCUGCCGCCCGGCGGGGGCAUCCAGAGCAAGAGGAACUGCAUCAUUUCUGCAUAUUUUCAACAGAGGGAGAUUCACAGGCCAACUCCGUCUAACAACGGGGGCUUUCACAAGAAGCCCAUGUAGGUCCCCACUAUAUUUUCUUCAUGUGUGUGAUAUGUGAAAAAGGACGAUGGAAGAACGAUUUAUUUCUCCCGCUGUCCGAGUGAAGCUCUGUUUGUCCGUAAGAGAUUCAUUGUAACAGCGUGCUGUCGGAUAUGUUUUAUAAUAACACAUAAGAACCUUUUUUACUUGUUCCGAAACAGUGACUCAGUGACUCAGUGACAACUCUCUGCCUCAUAUUAUAGACAAACUACCAAGACGAUGGAUGAUAUAUUGUAAAGUUUUAAUGUUGUACCUUUUUUCUUGGUAUGUCAUAUGAUAAAGUUGAGAGUUUUCUGUGUAAAAUAGUAUUGAAUUUUAAGGUAAAUCUAAGAUGAUGAAUUGUUUAUUUUUCAAACUAACUACAAAGUAGCUCGCCAGCUAAUAUAGUCUUUAAAGUGAAUGCUAAUAAUGGGUUUUUUAUGAUAAUUAUAAUUAUGGGCAACUAUAAAUGUGGAAACUGUUCUGUUUUUCCCAUUGGAUUGAAAGCUGACUGUAAGAAAAGAUUUAUUUUUAAAGCCUUACUUUAAAAUGUUCAAA